UUUUCGGUACUCCCUCGCGUUCGAAUUUCUAUUAAUUUCCUUUUUAAGUUUCGUACUACAUCGCCAAAUUAAACGAGCAUCAGUAAACUGUGAAAAGGCAAAAAUUGCCGAGCAACACGCGACACUUGAGACGUCAUUCUUGUUGUAGUUGUGUGCGUAGUCCUAUGGUGACAGCAAAACGCCGGCUCCUUUUGACCGGCACUUCCACGGAAGUUAACGUAAUUAGUGAGAAAUCUGUGUGCCGCCAACAUUUUGAGCCACAAAGCAUUGGUGCGACCGUCCAAUAUUUUCGACAUUUACCUCAAGUGCUAUUGGCUACUAGAAAAAAUUAAUUAAUAAGCAACAGCGACUACUGCGACAUCAUCGACAUCCGCGGAACAUCUGUACUUUUCCCUAUUUUUUACUCGAAACCCGAAGCUAUGGCCUGCUGCGAAGUAAUAGGCCUUGCCUGCGUGAUUGCCCUCAUUACGAGCUUCUCCAUAAAGGCGCCCUACCAUGUGCGCAUGAUGUUCAUAUUCUUUGGGGCUGGCGCAGUUGUAAUGCUCUGUGUGCCGUUUAUGAUCCUGAGACCGCGGGAUUACCGCAACGCGCUUGUGCCAGCCUGGUGCUUCCGUCAGCUGUGCAGGCUUGUGGGCAUUACUAUGGAGGUACGUGGACUGGAGAAUGUGCGAAAGGAUCAUGGAAGCGUGGUGCUGAUGAACCACCAGAGCGCACUGGACUUGUGUGUGUUAGCAUACCUGUGGCCUGUUAUUGGACGAGCCACUGUUGUGUCCAAAAGGGAAAUCCUGUAUAUACCGUUUUUCGGGCUUGGUGCCUGGCUCUGGGGUACUCUGUACAUAAAUCGCUCAAGCAAAACAGAUUCCAUAAAUUCACUGCAGAAGGAGGCAAUAGCGAUACGUGAACGCAAUUGCAAGAUUCUGCUGUUUCCCGAGGGGACACGGAACAACAAGGAUACGCUGCUGCCUUUCAAGAAAGGCUCCUUUCACAUUGCACUGCAAUCCAAAUGCACGAUACAACCAGUUGUUAUAUCAAAAUAUAUUUUCACCGAUCCAGGCAAAAACAAUUUCCGACCAGGCCAUGCCUUAAUACACAUACUGCCGGAGAUAUCCACCAAAAAUUAUGAAAAAGAGGAUAUGGUUCAGCUCAUCGACGAUUGUCGUUCAGUCAUGCAAUCGGAAUAUACGAAACUAAGUAAAGAAGCUCAGGCCUUAAAAUCGAAGAAACUAACAUAGAAGUUAGGUGAGGAAAUGAAAUACCUCAAAUUUUACAAAUUUUACACACAAAAAAGGACAACGGCCCAUCGUUUCUAUUAAUAGGAAUGUCGUUGGUUUUUUGUAUUGUAAAAAGCGUGCUUUUUCUAAAUUUGCGAUAUACCAUUAACUAUUUAAAUAAAUAUAUUUAUGUCUAAUUUUUAAUUAAACAAAAUGCCUGGUAGAUAAAUUAAAAUACCUAUAAUAGGACUUAUUUUAUGAAAGAAAGCUUAGACUAACAGACAAUUAAAGUUGACUUUUUAGAAUAAAGCAUAGAGGUGUGAUUUAUCACACUAAGAUAUAUUUAGGUGAAAUCCAUUCGAGUUUUUACAAUUAAAACCUGUUACUUAUUACCGGGUACAUGCACAUGCACCAAAAUGUUUGAAUUUGUAUAUACUAUAUUGGAGAGUUAUAUAAUUGCAAAAUAAAAACCGCAAAUAUUACACAAUA